AUGGAAAAAAUAUAUUCAUCCAACGCUUUAAUGCAAAAGGCCGACGCGAUUUUAGCAGCAUCCAGAAGUGCAUCACCGCGCUUCAAUCAGAUGGCGUUCGAGACAGCUAGUGAUAUGUUCGAUGAAUACUUGAAGAUGUCGGAUCGGAGCAUCAGCCAACAGAAAUCUCGCAGAGAGCUGCUGCUGCAAUGGCGGCGCCCUGCCUGCGUUCAGGCGACAAAGACGCUUUCUUUCCGGGGACCCGCCGAGUUCGGCCCCUCCUCCGGCGAGUCGCGCUGCUUCACGGCAUCGUCCGAGGAGGAGGAGGAGGGCGGUGAUCGGUCGUCGUCGUCGGAGGAGACGAUCAUACGGGAAGUGGUGAUGAGGUCGUCGGACCGGCUGUUCUUCGAGGAGCCCGGAGAAUGCGCCACCAGUUCCUUAUUCGUCCAGCCAUGUGUGGAAGAGGCAAAGGAGAAAAUGAGUGAAGGACAAAAGGGAGAAGAAGAAGAAGAGAGGAGCCCAUUCAAGGAGGGUGUGGUUGUGGCAAUGGAAACAAAGGACCCAUAUAGGGACUUCAAGAGGUCAAUGCAAGAAAUGGUGGAGUGCUAUAUAAUUGAUGGUGAUGAUGAAGAGGGGAAGAAGUUGAAGAAAUGGGAGUGGCUUCAAGAGCUUCUUGGUUGGUAUUUGAAGAUGAAUGUGGAUGGAAAUCAUGGGUGGUCACAUGGAGAUUGAGGAGGAACAAGGAUAUUGAACAUGCAUAUAUGCAUGUACUUUAAGAAAUAGUUUGCUAUAUAUGAUUUUCUUGUUGUGUUUUUGUUGUGAUUUGUGUAUAUUUUUGUGUAUAAAUUAAUGAAAGAAAGAGGAUGGUAAGCU